AUGCAGGCUGCACGUUUGCUUGGACUGAGUUUCGAUAAAAUUAUUUUGCUCGACAAUAAAACAAAAAUUGUAUCAAAGAGUCAAAAUACACAAGAUUUACUUCAGUGGCAAACAGUAUUCAGAAGAAAUCGAAACAAAGUGUUACUUGAAUUUCGAAACUCCAAGUGGACAUUGGCCACACCAACAGAGCGAUCAUUACGUGACAUUGGUUUUGUUUUAUUAAAAAUUCUGCAAGAGAUCGACAACAAUUUCUUAGAGCAGCAUUCCGUAAUCGCACCACUUAAUCCUAGUAAACCAUUAGAAUUCAGAGAGAUAAACCUGGACGACACUUUUGCAUCAGAAUUAGACUCGCUGCGGCGAAUAUUACAUUUCCCCGAAGAAGUGGCAAUACUUUUGAGUGAUAGAGAAAACGAUUUGUUCUACGACGUUCCACCAAUUGAUUUUUUGCAGCAAGUGUCUUUAGAUCAAGACGGAGCAAACGCAUGUAACACCUCAGUAAAAAAGCUCAUAGAUAGGUUCAAUGCAGUAAGCUCAUGGACAACCCACCUUAUAAUCACUCGACCGACACACGAAGAUCGGAAGGCCAUAUUGUCUUGCCUUCUGAGGGUGGCCAAGGAAUGUUGGAACAUUGGAAAUUUCAAUGGAGCUAUGGAAAUUAUAGCUGGACUCAAAUCAGAAAAAAUAAGGCCAUUCAUGCAGACAGUAUUAGAAAAGGAGAAGGUGCCAUUGUUCUAUUAUCUGACCGACGCUCUCUUGUCGACAUCACAAUACGACAGCGUUCUACAAAAGGCCCUGGCUAUGCCAGACUGUCCGGUGGUGCCAUUUUUUGGAUCCUUCAUGCGCGAAAUUAGGAAAAUAAUGAAAGAGACGCCCAGCUCUAUCGUACUGUCUGACCAAGACGGCAAGGCAUUAAGCGAGACAUUUGCUAAACAUGAAUAUUUAGAGGGGUAUACUACUACGCUUGGAUUAGAUGGAGUUGUUAAUAUGGAAAAAAUCUAUCAAGUUCAAUCAGUCUUGGAAGAACUAUCAGAUUAUCAUCGGCAUUAUUUUGAGAGGAAAACGUACGAAGCAAAGUUGCAUUUGUUAAAAAAUGGAGAAUUGCAAGAUAAUUCUGAAGAAGAAUCCCCUCAGAAAUACGAUCCUGUACAAUCAUUAGCCUACGAUCAUGGUGUUUCAUUAAUACCACUUGCGAUAUCUCCCAACUCUAAAGAUUUUACAAUUGGUCAUCACGAAUUACAGAUAAUGCACCAUGGGACUACUGUUGUUCAUUGGGCAGCUGAAAUGGCAAGUAACAGGUCCGCUCGAAUUUUCAUACGUUUGGAGAGAAACUGUUCAACAUUGACUUGGGAGAAGACUUCGUGGAGCGCACUGAAAAGAAGUUCUGGUACACCUGACUAUUCUUUGAAAACCGAUCCUGAAGAUAGUUUACCCAAUGCGCUGAUUAACAGAUCGUCAGUUAAUUGUCCAUCAAUGAUGGGUCUCCAGCAAGGAUACUUGGAAUUGUCGACAGUCAGAGACAUAUUUAUUGGUGGUGCGGUUGGAAGAGAUCGAGUAAAGACUGACGGAGCGGCAAUAUUAAGAAAAUAUAGUUUGAACAAUUAUUCGAUAUCAGAAUGUUGUCUGGGAUUAGUAUAUGGAACUAAUACAAGUGAAAAUCGAAUAUUCUAUAUACUGGCUCCCCCCAGAUUACUUAGCAUUUGGCACCAUGGACUUAAAACAGUGGUUCAGAAACUACGAAAUGUUAUACAGACAGUUGAUAAACGUUCGAUAUGGCUAAAGAACAAUUAUGUACAUCAAUACAUUAUUUCGUCUGGACGUGGGCCAAUGACAGCCGAUGCAAUACGUUUAUUUGGCGGUAGAGAUUGGUCGACGACUGGUAAUUCAGCCAAUAAUACAUCGCCAGAGACAAGCAUUGCUAAACGAGCUGCUUCGAUGAGAUUUCGAAAAAAGAAAUCAGUAGCUAGUGUAUCUAAUGACGGCCUUCUCAAACCUUACGAUGUCAAUGACUUAUUCAACAAAUCUAGAAUCGACUUGGCUAGCAGUGGUUGCAAUUCUCCAACAUUGAAUAGUCAAACAGAAGAUGAUAAGAAACGAGACAGCGUCGACAAAAAUAUUGUUUCUGAGCCAUCAACGUCCGCAGAUAAGUCGACACCUCCUAAAAUUAUAGAGCCAACUCCUAGUGAUAUGAAUAAUUCACCAAUGACGCCAAAUAAUUCACAAUUAGACUUUGAAGAUUUUUGUGCUCUAUUUGAUAGCUUCAGUUUGAGAAUGCGUAAAGAUCUUCGAGAUAUUUUUGACCAAGUUCGAGGGACAAAUCAUCUUGACAAGAACAAAAAAUCUGAAGAUACCCUUGUACAAAAUAAUGCAACCUUGUCUAUUCCAAGAACUAUAUCUGAACAAACUCAAAGUUCGAACUCAAUUAAUAGAAACAUUGGACAUAACUUUGUACGGCCAAUUGAUGCAACAACUCAGAAAAAGCGUAUAUUUGACGCUAUUGCAGCGUCUAGCAUAAUUUCUAACUGUACUGGUGUAGAGACGUCACAGUCUGCUGCAACAUGGUCAGUAAAUGAUUUAAUUAACUUCUUGGAAAUCAAACAGAUGGUUACUUGUACAGAGGACGAAGCUCGAAUGUUAAUUCAGAACCAUGAGCCAAACCCAGAAAUCAGUGCACGUAACUGUCUUUCCUUCGAAGGAUUUGCUAAGUUCAUGAUGUUAAGGAACCAAAGCGUGUUCAGUGAACCAGAUUUUGCAAUCGAGAAAUCUGAUAUGAAUUUUCCAUUAUCUUGUUAUUAUAUUGCUUCAUCACAUAAUACAUACCUUACGGGUCAUCAGUUAAAAGGCGACUCUUCUAUUGAUCUUUACAGCCGGGUAUUGAUGGCUGGUUGUCGGUGUGUUGAGUUGGAUUGUUGGGAUGGCGACGAUGGAAAUCCAUUGAUCUAUCAUGGGCAUACUUUUACAUCAAAAAUACCAUUUCUUGGAGCUGUAGAUUCAAUUAACCGUUUUGCAUUUGUAUCAUCACCAUAUCCUGUCAUAUUAUCCAUCGAAAACCAUUGUUCAUUGGCCCAACAAGCUCGCAUGGCAGAAAUAUUCGAGUCCGUUUUUGGUGACAAAUUGGUAAAAGGCUUUAUGUUCGACACAGAUUAUGAGCCACAGCUACCAUCACCAAGUCAAUUAAAAUACAAAAUUUUGAUAAAAAAUAAAAAGAUUGCACCGCUAGAAAGUGAAUCAAACCGAUUGAAAAAUAAUAAUAGUAGUACAAAAAGUUCACAAGUUGUAUCGUCACUUGCAAGCAACCAUUCUAAUGCAGGGCCUUCUGUGAGUAGCAAUAAUUCUAAUGUCGGAUCUUCAAUGACCAUCAAGAAUCCUAUUGCCGAAUCUUCAUUAGACAUCAAUCAGUCUAAUACCGAAUCUUCUGGGACCAGUAAUCAAACUAAUAUAUUACCUCCAGUAGCCAACAAUAAUAAUAAUGCCGGGCCUUCGGUGGUAAGCAGUCAUCCAAAUGUGGGACCUCACAGAAGUAGUUCAGCUAGCGCUGGCACUACGACCAUUGAAGAUGUUGCCACUACCAUCGAGGAAGAAGAAGAAUACGAGGAAGAUGAUGAAGAAUAUGAAGAUAGUGAUGAGUUGGACUUUAAAAAAGAUAGAACGGACAAGUAUGGCAGAGGUCGUAAUAGAUUUGGAUCAAAGUCAAAUGAUAAAUGUGCUGAAGAUGACAAGUCUAAAAAACACAACAGUCAGAUUGCAAAAGAACUAUCGGACAUAGUCAUCUAUACACAGGCAAUAAAAUUUCGUGGUUUAAAUACAAGAAGUCCAAGCAGUUCAGUAAAAAAUAAACGAAAAUGUAAUGGUAGCCUCUGUGGUCAUAAUAGUACUGUAGGAAGUACAUCGUCCGCUGGAGCUACAUCCACAGAACACUACCAUAGUCGUGGUUCUACUACAAUAAACGCGCACCAUCCAUGCUAUAAGUGUUCCUCCUUAAGUGAAAAUUCGGCAAAAAAGCUCACAAAAAAACGCCCAAAGGAUUUGAUUGCACACUCUGAGACUCAGUUGGUACGCGUUUAUCCAGCUAGCAUGAGGAUAGAUUCAUCAAACUUCAAUCCAUUAAAUUUUUGGUCAUAUGGUGUACAGAUGGCGGCACUAAACUAUCAGUCAGAGGAGGCCACAGCUUCACACGUGAAUGCAGCCAUGUUUGAACAGAAUGGACAUAGUGGUUAUGUACUAAAGCCACGGGUAAUGCACGAUCCUUCACACAAGUCUUAUCGCCAGUUCAACCCAACGGAAAAAGAUUUUGAUGGUUUGAAUCCGAUAUGUUUUUGUAUAAGCAUUGUCUCUGGUCAGUUCUUAUCGCCAAAUGGAGGGACUCGAGCUAAUGUAUACGUCGAAAUUGAAAUAAUCGGUAUACCAUCAGACAGCAUAAAAAGAAAAUCCAAAACUAUAUUUUGUAAUUCAAUGAAUCCCGUGUGGGACGAAACAUUUACGUAUAACGUGAUGUUCAAAGAAUUAGCGUUUAUUCGAUUCCUUAUAGUGGAUGCCAGCACCAAUCACCCGUUAGCGCAGCGUGUAGUACCACUCACGAGCAUGCUGUAUGGAUUUAGGCACAUUGAUAUGCAUAAUAUGCGUAACCGGCCACUACCACUUACCUCGUUAUUUGUGUGUACUAGUAGCACAGAAGAAGCACCAAGAUCUACUGAUGACGAAAAGACAUCUUCUACAACAGCACCAGCGGCGGACAAUGGAUCAAUGAAAAACAACGGUCCAUCAACGCACCGUAAAAAGUUCUAUGUAAUGGUUUAUGGGGUUUUCUCUGAAAACUCAUAUAUCAUGUUCAAAGUAACCCAGGAUAGCACAGUAACAGACGUAAUUAGGUUAGCAUUAGACAAACGUAAUGAGGGUGACGAAGAAAUGAAAACAUACGUGCUCAUGGAGGAAGUCGGCCUAUCGUGGGAAGUGUCAAACAAUGGCCCUGGAAAUAAUAGUGAUGAUAUGGGGAAUAACACUAACCUCGUUACCGAUGAUGGUACCGAUGAUAGUAGUAGCAAUAAUAAUAACAAGAAAAACAAGAAAAAGAAAAAGAUCAAGAAGAAAAAACAGAAGAAAACCAAGCACAGACGAAUCGGAUGGAAAAAUGGCGAUGCACCCAUGAUGACACGUGUAUUGGAUUAUAAUGAGAAACCGUUAGAGGCGCAGUCACGCUGGCAAGGAAAUGGAUACUUUGUACUAAAGAAAAUCGGUGAUGACCCAAGCAGCAGAGCCUGGCUCAUAUCAUUACAAUCAAGAAAAUCAAGAAAUGGUCAAUCAGGGUCAUCGUGGGAUGAAAUACAUACGUUCUUAGUGUGUAUUUAUAAUGUUUCCAUAGAAAGACCAUACGUUAUUCUUAAGGUACCAAUAGGGUCAACUGUACAGGAUAUUUUAGCUCAGAUUUUAGUCAAAGCCAGGCGAAUGGAAAACCCUAUUUUAUUCAUAUUGGUUGAGGAACAAAUGUGGGGCAGGACUGAUAUAAGAUAUAGGGUACUAGACGAUGAUGAGGUAGUGUAUAAUACACAAAACCAGUGGUCUAGAGUGGGCAGAUUCGUGCUAGAGGAUCGAUGCGGUAAGGAUUUAGGUGGUGGACUGGUUGUUAAGACAUUGCGAACGUUUUUAAGGGUAAUAAGGAUCCAAAAGGGUAUGGCUGCGGUAGGACGAGGUUGGAGAGCCUGUGGCUUGCCUACGUUACCCGGCCAUUGUUUACAACGUCCAGAAAAUAGCAGGGAAUACGUCAUUAGGGAAGCAGCUCGGGCUCACAGGAAAAUGAUAGCAAAACAUGAGAAGAUGUGGCGGGCAAACUUAGAAAAAGGAGGUAGUGGUGAUGGUGGUGGUGGCCUAGAACGUGGUUGUGAUGAUGACGGUAGUGGUGGCGAAGAUGCUGAAGAAAGUACAUUCACAGGGUUUUUAAAAUCACCAGCCCAGUUAUUCGGUUUCUUGGGAUCCUGA